AUGGUGUCCCAGCAAGCCGGAGAGGACAAGAUUCCUUCAAGUGACAGCUCAGCAGCCCUUUCUGCCAUCACGCCUGGUCAGCAAACUUGCCCAACCGAUGCUGGUCCUUCGUCCCUCCCUGAAGGCAAUCGUUACGAACUCUUCCCACCGUUAUCCGUUAGUGACAUCGCCGACAUGGACGCCGAGGAUAAUGCGUCCGUGUUACCUCGAGGUAAACUUUUCACACUCAUCUUGGCGUCAUGGCGCGGAAGGAAAGAGGGCUUUAGUAAGAUAAGAAGUUCCAGUUCGAACACUUUGGGAAGCGUGGAAACACAAACCCUGAGAGCUGCGUACAAAGAACAAUUUCUGCCACGCACUUAUGUGGACAUAUAUGGUAACUUUACUCAGGAAGCAUAUAUUUCCGGAAUAAAAAACAUUGUUGGCAUUUUUCAAUCAGAUCUGAUUCAGGGCCAGACUCUGCUGGAUGUUGGCAGCGGUCCGAUGCUCUUGUGCUCACUCGUUGCGUCCAGUCGAUUCAAGCACAUUGUGCUGAGUGACUUGCUCGAACGCAACAGGCUUGAACUCAAUAAAUGGCUGAACAAUCAUGAAGAUGCUAUCGACUGGACUACCCCUGCCGAGACGAUUGCUGCCUUCGAAGGCUAUAACGACGUCAAGAAGGGGGCGUCGGAAAUAAUGGAGCGCACACGCUCAGCCAUUCGCAAGGUGGUCCCCUGCGACGUCCUGGAGCCCGGAGUGCUCCCCGAGGAACACAAGGAAACCUUCGACGUCGUUCUUUCCUCCGGAUGCCUGGACGCGGUCGCAGCAGACCACGAAUCGUUCCGAACGGUGGUCUGCAAUGUGGGCACACUCGUGAAACCUGGCGGUCUCCUUGUCAUUACGGGCGCGGGCGGUCUAAAACACUACACCGUGGGAGCAGUUGAUUUUGCUUACUCAAACCUCACCGAAGAUGUGCUAAAACAAGCGAUUAGAGAUGCCGGCUUUCAGAUAAAACUAUACAGGUCUACAACAUUCGAGGUGGCUUUGCAAACUUCGGACUUGUUUAAGUUUAUCCUGGUGGCCCGUAGAGCCUAA